GCAGGUAUCGUGCUGGACGCCGGUGACGGUGUGACCCACAACGUCCCCGUCUACGAGGGUUACGCUCUGCCCCACGCCAUCAUGCGUCUGGAUCUGGCCGGUCGCGAUCUGACUGACUACCUCAUGAAGAUCCUGACCGAGAGAGGCUACUCUUUCGUGACAACCGCUGAGCGUGAGAUCGUGCGCGACAUCAAGGAGAAGCUCUGCUAUGUGGCUCUGGACUUCGAGAACGAGAUGGCCACCGCCGCCUCCUCCUCCUCCCUGGAGAAGAGCUACGAGCUGCCCGACGGUCAGGUGAUCACCAUCGGUAACGAGCGCUUCCGCUGCCCCGAGACCCUCUUCCAGCCUUCCUUCAUCGGUAUGGAGUCCGCUGGUAUCCACGAGACCGCCUACAACAGCAUCAUGAAGUGCGACAUCGACAUCCGUAAGGAUCUGUACGCCAACAACGUCUUGUCCGGUGGUACCACCAUGUACCCUGGUAUUGCUGACCGCAUGCAGAAGGAGAUCACUGCUC